UGCUAGAUCUCGGCCAAUCUUGGUGAGAGAAAGAAGAGAAUAUCAGCUCCUAUUUUUAAGAGGUUUCUGCUUGUUCAUAGCAACUUCGAUCACAGGGAAGAUACAUAAAUAGAUUCUCUGUCACUAAGAGAGAGUGAGAGAGAGGCAGUGCAGUGGAUGCAUGAUGAGGCCAAUGAGGAGGCUACGCAUUGGCAAGGUGCUGGACUGCUUCUCCUUCUCCAUGUGCGCGAGCACCAGCGGCUGCCUGUGCAUGCGCACGCUGGAGGAAGACGAGGAGGCGGCCAUGGAGAGGAAGGCCCUGGUGAGUAGCCAGGUCGACCAGGUGACCAGGCUUCGCGAUCUUGUCGACGGCACGAGGACGCUCGGUUUCCAUCUGGAACCAAAGACUGUGGAACUCAAGGUGUCCAUGCACUGCAAUGGGUGCGCCAGGAAAGUUCAGAAGCACAUCGCAAGGAUGGAAGGGGUGACGUGGUUCGAGGUGGAUCUGGAGAGCAAGAAGGUGGUGGUGAAGGGGGACGUGAUGCCAUUGGAGGUGCUGCAGAGCGUCUCCAAGGUGAAGUUCGCGCAGCUCUGGAUGCCGAUGGCCCCAGCGCCCCUCCCCCUCCCCCUCCCCACCACCAUCUCCGUUUAGAUCUCGAUCCACUUCCAUCUCAAAAGGAACUGGAUCCGCAAAAAAAAACACUGUCAUCCGCUCGCGCGAGCGACCGAAUUCUCACGCCAGAAAUCGCAGGAUUCAGCGACCGCACAAGUGUACCAACCUGAACCUGCUCCGUCGUUUUUACUGCGCUCUGCUGCAGGCUGCCGCUCCGGCUACAGAUGGUGUGUGUGUGUCACUGACUCGCUGUAGGCGUGCCACGGUGAUUUAUGGCUCGAUUGAGCUGCGUUUGAAAUCUUCACGGUGAUCUGCACGGGUGGUAGACAUUAAUAAUGUAGAGAUAUUUAUGUGGAGGGAUAGUUCGAGACAUAAAUAUACUGUACCUAUUAUAUUGUGUUUCAAAGUCUUUCCUACUAAUAUUUUAACGUGCAAAUCUUUUACGCGUUAUAGAAA